AAGUAGGAGCCGGCGACACACCAAUAGUCUGCCAUAAAACCUUAAAGAAGAAGAGAGCGCAGUAGAAACAACAACAAACAUUUAUUACAUAUAGCUACAGUAGCUAGUUACAAUGUAAAAACAACGUGUUAAUAUUGCAUCCAUUCUAUCAACAGUUAUACUUUUGUGAAACUCACUUUGUAAUUGUGAAGCAGGUCAGAAUUACAAACAAACUCGCGGUUUUAUUUGUUUAACUGGUGUUGAGAACUUUGGACUGAGUGACCAUUGAACUCGUACUGACCGGUCCUCCCUAUCAGAAUACCGAAGUUCCCCAUCUAUCCCGGGCUCUGGUCAGUCAGCCAUGGCCCUCCGUGUCCUCCAGGCCGUGGCGGCGGUGGCUGUUCUCUGUCGGUUCCCCGUAACGUUAACUCGGGCUGGGGACAGGACAGAGGGGACUCCCGGCCAAUCCUACGUGGCUGCGGUAUACGAGCAUCAGGUUAUUCUGAACCCGGAGCCGCACGUACCUCUGUCCCGGGCCGCGGCGCUCAAACACAUGAUGAGCAACUUGGAUGUGUACGAGGAGCAGGCCGCGCGAGCGGCGGAACAGGGGGCUCAGAUCAUAGUAUUUCCAGAGGAUGGUCUCCAGGGGUUUAACUUCAGUCGCCUGUCCAUCUCUGCUUACCUUGAGACCAUCCCUGACCCACAGUCUGAGGACUGGAACCCCUGUACACAGACAGACAGACACGCUCACACUGAGGUCCUCCAGAGGUUGAGCUGCAUGGCUCGACGUCACAGUCUUUACCUGGUGGCCAACAUGGCUGACCUCCAGCCCUGCCGUCAGACCUUUCACCCCACCUGCCCCCCUGAUGGUCGCUGGCAGUUCAACACUGAUGUAGUUUUCAGGUCGGAUGGUUCCCUGGCGGCACGCUAUCACAAACACAACCUGUACUUUGAAAACGCCUUCGAUGCCCCGCCCAGACUAGAGGUGGUGACCUUUGACACGCCGUUCGCCGGACGGUUUGGAGUGUUUACCUGCUUCGACAUCCUGUUCCAUGACCCUACCGUCAGACUACUGGAGCAGGGUAUCAGACAGAUGGUCUACCCCACAGCCUGGAUGAACCAGCUUCCUCUGCUGUCAGCCGUUCAGUUCCAGAGAGCCUUCAGUCUGGGAGCCAACACCACUCUGCUGGCGGCUAAUAUCAGGGCAGACAGCCUGGGUAUGACAGGAAGUGGCAUCUUCACCCCUAGUACUGCCAUCUACCACCAUGCCAGGGCUGGGCAGCCAGAGGAGGGGAGGCUGCUGGUGCUGAGGGUACCUGUACUGGACACUGCCUGGCUAGGAACAGAGAAGAGGGCCAAGGGGCAGGCAGGAGGAGAGACUGCAGGAGGAGAGGGGGAGGCAGGAGGAGAGACUGCAGGAGGAGAGACUGCAGGAGGAGAGGGGGAGGCAGGAGGAGAGACUGCAGGAGGAGAGACUGCAGGAGGAGAGACUGCAGGAGGAAAGACUGCAGGAGGAGAGGGGGAGGCAGGAGAAGAGGGGGAGACGGGAGGAGAGGGGGAGGCAGGAGGAGAGGGGGAGACGGGAGGAGAGGCAGUGGAAGCUUAUACCAGGUCACCUAAGCCUCUGUCUGGUAAGAGGGAGGGCAACUCUGGGUUCUGUCUACAGGACAGACAACACUGCCAGGAGGAUUCUCUCUCUACCUCUCCUCCUACCUUCUCUCCCUCAUCCCCCUUACCCUUCACCUCUUCUAUGAUGUAUGAUCCCUUCUCCUUCCUCCUGCUGAGUGGUUCAGAGGGCCAGCUGACUGUGUGUGACGGUCCUUUCUGCUGCCGUCUGCAGUACCGACGCUCCCCACAGGGGGACAAUACGGAGCUCUAUGCUCUAGGAGCGUUCUCUGGCACACACACGGUUAACGGACGCUACAAUGUACAGGUGUGCGCGUUGGUCCGCUGCUUGGGGUCGGAGGGCAGCUCCUGUGGACAGGAAGUGGAGGAGGCAGAGUCGAGAGUCGACUUCCUAUUGGAGGGGAAGUUCGGAACCCGUCACGUUUACCCGUCAUUGCUAGGUAGCGGCAUGGUUCUAGAACAACCUGACCAGGUCAAGACGACCGCAGGUGGUCGAGUGGCCAUGGAACACUCAGGGAUGACCGUCGGACUAGUGACCGCAUGUCUCUACGGCAGGGUGUACGACCAGGACUAAGGUGUGUGAGAGAGAGAGAGAGAGAGAGAAAGUGAGAGAGAGGCUGCAGUCCAAACACUUAAAAGAUACACCCUCGUCCACUUACCCUCGCCUUAUGCCCUUGGGGAAAUCCCCGUCGCCAUCUUGGCGGGCGGUCCAAAUGAUGAGCCAAGCAAGGGAAGUUAGCAACGUAAGCCCCUCAGCCAUCGUUUUUAGUCGGCUUAGCGAGUGUAUAAUUAUGUUCACUCCCGGGCCUGAAACUCCCCAUAAUUCAAUUCACGACGAUUGUACAUUUGCUAACAAAAGUCAGCGAAAACUUAAAAACAACAUCAAUGGAGAAGUCAACAUACAAGUGUAAGUAAAAAACGAAUGUAAAUAAAUUAGAAAUUGUGCUACUAAUGCACAUAACGGCACAAACACGUCUCGUAAAAAGUAAAUAUGUUUUUGUUUGGUUAUCUUUUGGAAAUUGUAGAAACAAAACAUUUUUCUUCUUCAGAAGUUUCAGCUAGGCAGGCUAACGUUAGUUAGCCAAUUCACUUGCUAGCUAUCAUACAGUAGGGGUAUAUUAAUAAUUAUAUAGUUAAUCUAAGUAGACAUGCACUCAUAAUUGACUAUAGCGCAUAUAAAGCACCCACAAGCUACCGGUGGCUGAAAACACAAUCAUUGCGGGAUGAACGAGUGACAAAUUUCCAGCCAAGGGUGGUCCAUUUAAAAAUCAUUCCUUCCUCCCUCGCCCCUCAAGUGUAAACUCGUCAGACGUCAUGAUACGUCAUCAGAAGUGUCCACUUAAUUUGAGGGCUGAGGGGAUAGGGUGUGUCCUAAGUGUUGGGACCACAGUCAGUGAGUGAGUGAGUGAGAGGGUGUGUGUUUGGGUUAAAUGAUUGUGUGGUCCCAUAAAGUGAUCUACCUCAGUAAAUAAAUGUUCUCUUUUGUUUUCCAUCCUGUUUCUGAACUGUUUCCAUGACACCCGAUUCUGCAAUACCGUCGGGGGUACGCCAAAUAAAAAUAUGAUUCAACCCCAAAA